AACACACAAAUGAGACAAAUUCCAGUUUCUCCCUUUAUUCCAACGGAUCACCAUGUUGUUAGUGUCCGGCGUGAAGUCAGCUUUUAAGGGACAUCCAUCACAUGUCUGGGUGCUCUCAUUUGUCCUAUGGAGCGCGGCGGUUGUGCUGGUCAGCAGUGGGGAAGUAAGGCGACGAGAGAGCCGUGCCCUCAGCACAGGAUGCCCUGCCACCCCAGUUGAUUGCAGUCUGUCUGAGUGGACCACCUGGACCCGCUGUGACCCCUGCCACAGGAAGAGGUACCGCUAUGCUAAGCUUCUCCAGCCGUCUGAGUUUGGGGGAGAGCCGUGUAACAUCCAAGGCCGAGAGGAGGAGUCCUGCACCCCACCAUCCCGCUUCAAAUGCACCAGCGCCCCCCUCUGCCAGGGCUUUGUGUGCGCUGUCACAGGGCGUUGUGUGCUGGAGGGACUGCGCUGUAACGGUGAUGACGACUGUGGUGAUGGCUCAGAUGAGAAAGGUUGCAAGAAGGUGUUCCGAACCUGCCGCGAGGAGGCUGAGGAGUACUAUGGCAUUGAAAACCUUGCCAAAGGAUUUAACGUCCUCAACAGCCACCUGGAGGGCUUGGUACUGGACAACCGUUACUAUGCCGGUGGCUGUUUGCCCCACUUUAUCCAGGAUGUGCGAUUUAGGAAACCCUACAACCUGCAGCACUACAUAUUUGAGACUAAAGGCUCCUAUGACUUUAGAAUGGAGGUUCAUGAUUCAUAUUCUGACUACAUGAAGGACAGCAAAAGAAGCAGCCUCUCCGAAACGUCAGUGUCCUUCGGAAUUAAAAUCCCAGGCGUCUUUGAGGUGGGCUUCAACUAUGACGAUUCCAAGUACAAAAAUUCGGUGGAGAGGAUACGACGUCUUUCAGGAACGAAAAACAGCUUCUUGCGUGCGCGUUCCCAGAUUGAGUUGGCCCGCUACGCCCUUAAGGCGGAUGGCCUGAUGCUACAUCCAGACUUUUUGGGGCGACUGAGAGCACUGCCUCUCGAGUACACCUACGGGGAGUACCGACAGAUCUACAGGGACUUUGGGACACACUACAUCACUGAGGCCACGCUCGGUGGAGAAUACGACUUGACCAUUAUCCUCAAUGAGCAAAAGCUGCAGUCAUCAGGCUAUAGUCUGGUGGACUCACAGCGCUGCGUAGAAGCUGGACUGAAAUUGGGAGCCAAUAUCAAGGGGGUCUAUGUGACGCUCGGGGUCUCUGGUGGAGCUUGCAAAGGCUUGUUGGAAGAAAUGGAAUCACACACGGGUGCAGAUUCCCUCGUGGAGGACUAUGUGGCGGUGGUGAAGGGAGGAGACAGUGAGUCCAUCACACAGCUGGCCAGUAAGACUCUCCCCACCCAGAAGCUGAUGCAACAGUGGGGAGAUGCUGUUUACUACAACCCUGACUUCAUUCACACCAAGAUGUCGCCCUUGUACGAGCUGGUUACCUCCAGAGACUUUGUCAAUGAGCGGACCCUGAAGAAGAACCUGAGGAGGGCUCUGGCUGAAUACCUGGCUGAGGCCAGCUCCUGCCUCUGUGCCCCUUGCCAGAACAACGGGGUGGCUGUCCUUAAAGGCACACGAUGCGAGUGUGUGUGCCCCUCAGGAGUCAGGGGACUCAGUUGUGAAAUCACUCAAAGAUCAAACAUGGGGGUUGAUGGGAAUUGGAGCUGCUGGUCCAGCUGGUCGUCUUGCAGUGGGAGGACCCAGCACCGAACGCGCCAGUGCACCAACCCAGCACCUGCCAAUGGAGGAGCGGCAUGCCAAGGACCCCAAGAAGAAACCACCGACUGCAUCUGAUUGUGUCUGAAUUCUGCUUAACUGACAAGCGUCACUUUGGCUGUGUUCAUGUUAUUUGUUUCUUGAAUAAAGCUUUCUUAUGAUAACCACUAA